UUAGGAACGGCGCAACAAAGUUCGCUUAGAAAAAAAAUGGAAAUCGUUUGGGCUGUGGUGUUGUUAAUAGCGAUCUAUUUGGUACAUUGUCUCUUUGUGCGAGAUGGCGCAGACCAGAAUUCAACUCGUACAGGUUUGGUAUUCUCAACAAAAUACGCUUUGGCCUUCUUAUAUAUAAAAUUGCUGAGACUAAUCGGUAAAAACAGGAAGGGCAAAGAAGACAUAUAUGGAGAAGUUAAAAACGAUGUUGUGUCACUAGGAAUGUUGCCUCAUUCUAGAGAAUGGAAAUAUGAAUUACCUCGUUCCUACCAUCCAUCCUCACAGGUAAGUAGUAAUUCUAUGAAAAUAUUUUAAUGUCCAUCUGGGUUUGUCCCAGGUUCAUGGAAGAGGCAAACGUAUCUUAUUCAAUACAUUAAUUCCUCAUCAUCCUGUUCCGAGGAAUAAGUAUUUUAGUCCGACCUAUUGUGGACCUGGUCCAAUCCAUAAUGGGCGGAAAGAGUAAAAAAGAGUCGAAACAUUUGUAGAAAUAUUUGAGAAUUUUAACAGGACUGGAAUAAGUGGAACUGCAGUUGUUAAAAUAUUUUAUGUAACCUUGCUCAAACCAUAGUUUAAGUGAACUGAAUAAAUUUGUAAUUUUUUUAUAUUUUUGUAAAGAAGAGCGACGAGAUCGCCUUCUACAGUGUCAAUUCUAAGGGAGCAUGUCUUGUGACGUAUAUGAUUCGAAGAGCAGACGAUUUUGCUGAUGUCUUGUUGUACCUGAAAUUAGAAGAUGGUCGAUGUUAUUCUCUGUUGCAUCAACCCACCACCGCCAAUUAUGUCGGCACGGAACAAUGUUUCGCAGCUGACGGUCUGUUUGUCAGGUGUCUGAGUCCCAUGCGUCGCUGGAGAAUUGUGUUCAAUGGACUUCUCAAGAAUGUACUGUACCUGCAACGGAUCCGCUGAUUGUAACCCACGUGAAAUUCCAGUUUACAUGGAAUUCAACCAGCAAUGUCUACGACUUAUUUUACGACACUCCUGUCGAUCUAGUUGCUUCGGCCAUAGCUGCAGAAAAGUGGAAAACUAAUCUUCCUGAUGUAGAAAAACUGAAGACGAUGUUAAAUAAAUACGAGCAAUGCGGAUGUUUAAUGGGAACUGUUACCGUGGACGGUAAAGAAGAGGAGCUGCAUCUGUGGGGAACCAGAAGCAGAAGUUACGGGACUCUACAAACACAACCCUCCUAUCAGCAUUUGCAUCUCGUUGGAUUGAGUAAGACAGGCGAGACUGUCAGCAUUGGCGCUUUAACCGUCCCCGAAGUGAUUUCGGAUUUAAAGUAUGGAUUCGUCACGACGGGCAGUGGCGUUCUUAACCCGAUCGACGUUUCUGACGUCAGUUUGAGUCGACUCUAUCUGGACGGACUCCCUCCCACUGUCAAAGUGGCACGAAUAAGAGCGAACAAGAGAUGGUGGAAGAUGAACAUCAACGGGAUGGACGCUAAGACAAGUAUCGGGUCCACCUACUUCUCUGAAUUGCAACUAUCUUCGGCCAGACUGAACGGCAAGCAAGCACGCAGCCUCUGCAUCUUCUAUCACAAGUUAAGACCGGAAACGAUAAGAGAGAAGCACGUGCCUCGUUUCGUCCCUCGGAUCAAAGAUAAUGAAAGAGUGGAAGUCGUUUUGGUGACGUCCCUGCAAAAUUCGACAGCGAAUCAAUCGUCGAUUCUCGGGGGAAAAGGAAGUUCUUUGGUCAAUUUACAACAAAUUUCCGAUAUCGAGAAAAGCUUUUACGUACCGAAAGGAAUCAUAGUGACUUUUAACGCGUAUCGAGAGUUAAUGAGAAACGAAGAAUUACUUUUUCGAAUUUACCAAUUGGAAGAUGCUGCCUGGGGUAAAUCUGGCGAAGAUGUCAAAGAAAUUUGCUCACAAACUGUCAAAUACCUGGAAGAAUAUUCUUUACCCAUCUCUCUUGCCUCGGCUCUCCACGAAAAGUUUAUCGAAGUCUUCGGAACAGAAUAUACGUCACUUUUCUUCGCGGUUAGAUCUUCGGCCCAGGGAGAAGAUUCUGAGGAUAUUUCGGCCGCAGGACAAAUGGAAACGUUUCUCAACGUGACUGGAAUCCAAAAGAAAACAAGGAAUAGGUUCGAUUAUGAAUUCCUUUCAGUGGCCUUACUGUAA